AUGGUCUCCGUUCCGCCUCCUCCCUCAUCCACACCCACCUCCGCCGAGACUCUUUGGAUUCCGUCGGCCGUUUCUCUCGUCAUCUGCCAGAAUUCCACCUGCAAAGCCAUCCCCGGCAAUGACUGCGACGGAAAAUCCUGUCUUUACCGGCAACCAAACCCUCUCGGCAGAUUCCCCAUCGUGACCUGCCGCGUCGUCCAAAACUCGGUCUUGGAGCUUCAAUUUUCAUGGCCACCGUUCUCGACCAUCUCGCCGCCAAAGUUAAGUACAACAUAUGACGAAGUUAAAGUCUUUCCCAUCCCUGCUGCAUUGUACCUUUUCAAGAAUCUGUUACAGUACUAUAUUUUUGCAUACGUAGAUGCCCCAGGCUAUCAGAUACUGAAGAACUUGAACAUCAUAAGUACCGGUGUCUUGUACAGAAUUAUACUGAAGAAAAAGUUGAGCGAGAUUCAGUGGGCGGGUUUCAUCUUAUUGUGUUGCGGAUGCACCACUGCUCAGUUGAAUUCAAGUUCUGAUCGUGUUCUCCAAACAUCUCUUCCGGGCUGGAUUAUGGCAAUUGUUAUGGCUCUUUUAAGUGGUUUCGCCGGAGUGUAUACAGAGGCUAUUAUAAAAAAGCGUCCUUCAAGGAAUAUAAAUGUACAGAACUUCUGGCUAUAUGUCUUUGGGAUGGCUUUCAAUGCCGUUGCUAUAGUGAUCCAAGAUUUCGAUGCCGUAAAAUCUACUUCAGAGGCUACGCUCUACUUUAAGUGUACGUUAGUGAAGUUUACACAUUAA